AUGCCCCCCAACCACCGCGGUAUCCAGAGGUCAUGCCAGGUGCUGCUCCACCGCCACCAUGCCGGAAGUAGAAAACCCAAGAUCACCGCCUCCCGCAAGCUCUUGCUGAAGGCCCUGAUGUGCAUGAGAACAUGGAGCUGGCAUAGCCGGCUGAGGCCAGAGCCAGCCCAGCCUUGGUCCACCUUCCCCUCCUACCCUGGUGGGGGUGGGGCCCACGAGAGCCCUGGGCCCCUUCUCACAGGGCUCUGUCCUGCCCAGAGCUUGAUGCUGGCCAAGGCCAAGGAGUGCUGGGAGCAGGAGAAUGAAGAUCGAGAGGCUGAAAAAGUGCGCUACCUGGCUGAGCGCAUCCCGUCGCUGCAGACCCGCGGCCUGUCCCUCAGCGCCCUGCAGGAUCUGUGCCGGGAGCUGCACGCCAAGGUGGAGGUGGUGGAUGAGGAAAGAUAUGACAUCGAGGCCAAAUGCCUCCACAACACCAGGGAGAUUAAGGACCUGAAGCUGAAGGUGCUGGACCUCCGAGGGAAGUUCAAGCGCCCGCCCCUGCGUCGGGUCCGUGUCUCAGCCGACGCCAUGCUCCGGGCCCUGCUGGGCUCCAAGCACAAGGUGUCCAUGGAUCUGCGGGCUAACCUCAAGUCUGUGAAGAAGGAAGACACGGAGAAGGAGCGCCCUGUAGAGGUGGGUGACUGGCGGAAGAACGUUGAGGCCAUGUCUGGAAUGGAAGGCCGGAAGAAAAUGUUUGACGCUGCCAAGUCUCCAACCUCACAGUAG